CAGGUGGCGGUGUGACGUUGCAAAGCCAAUGCUGAAGCGGUUUGUUUUUUAUAGCUGGUAGCCGUUAGCAUUUGAAGCUUCUGUGAAAGAUGCUCGUGUCUGUCAUGAUGGCUGAACUUGAUGAAAAUCUGCUGCUGCAGUUCGAAACUCAGGAGCUGGAGGCUCCUGGUGGCAUUGCAACGCCUCAGGUGUAUUCACAGUUACUCGUCCUCUAUCUCCUGCAUGACAUGAACAAUGCCAGAUAUCUUUGGAAACGGAUACCCCAAGCAAUCAAGACAGCAAACCCAGAGUUAUCAGCUAUUUGGGCAGUAGGACAGUGUAUCUGGCAGCGAGACUUUCCAGGGAUCUACACUGCUAUUGCUGCUUACCAGUGGUCUGAAAACAUUCUUCCUGUGAUGGAAGCCUUACAAGAGUCCACCCGUAGGAGGGCAUAUGGGCUAGUAGCCCAAGCUUACACCUCAAUCAGUGCAGAUGACUUUGCUGCCUUUGUGGGAUACUCUGUAGAAGAGGCGGUGAAAGGUGUAGUCAGCCAUGGGUGGCAGGCAGAUCCCAACACCAGGAUGAUCAUGCCACAGAAACCAGAUCCGCCCCCGGUCUCACUGGUUCCAAACGAACAACAGCUGGCCAGACUUACCGACUACGUGGCUUUUCUUGAAAAUUGAUAAGCACUCCACGCUCUCCUAUCCUCUUCCCCACCACCUCUCAGAUACUCGGGUUUAUGGAAGGAAGCCGCCGCCUCCUAUCGUCUGGUGUCCAGGACUCUGUCACACAGUGAUGGAACCUCCAUGUCUCUCUUUUCUCUUUUGCUUUUUGAACUCAUUUUCCAUAAUGAUAUAGGACAAGAUUUCCAAAUAGUUUUUACUUUUACAAAUUUGAUGUCCACUAUGGAGUGUGACACUUGUCAAAACUGUAAAUUAUUAUUUUUCAUCAUAAAUACUUCACUAUAUCCACAUGUUGUAUGGGCCUUAUGUUUAUGAGAGCUGUUUGUGUUGUUUUAAUAUUACAGGUUAACAUUUGCUUGUUCUGCAACACUUAUUUUUAUCCUUGAAUUUUGUACCUAAAAAAAAAAAUCAAUAUAUUUUGCAUCGUUGGAGCAAAUCAUAAAGAUUUAGUCUUCCUUGAUGUGGAACAUCAAAGAGUAAGAGAAUGUCUUUCCCUCAGCAAUCAAAUGAAUCACCACAGUUGUCCAUGCUUGAUUAUAAUUUGAUCAACUCAUUUCAGACUCAGAACUUCUUACUGGAUGCUAUAUAUCAUUUGAAACAUCUGUUACAAUUUGGAGGCCCCGUUUACAUAAUCUGGAGCCACGAUCUUUUUGUAAUUUUAAAUGUAAACAAAUGUAUCUUGCAUUAUUGCGGUGAACAAAUGUUUUUGUUCAUUUUUAACCACUUUAAAUUGUUUUGCUUCUUGAUGUUUACUUAAAGAUAUUCUUUACAUCAUCAGAGUGAAAAAUGAGACUGUAUUUAAGCACAUUUUGAUCAUUGAUAAAGCUUAACUUCAAGAGCAAUUAAAGGGAUAGUUGACUCCAAAAUGAAAAUUCUAUAUAUAGAAGGAAAUUUCAGCUCUGUAGGUCCAUACAAUGCAAGUGAAUGGUGACCAGACCUUUCAAUCUCCAAAAAUCACAUAAAGGCAGCAUAAAAGUAAUCUACAAGACUCCAGUGGGUAAAUCCAUGUCUUCAGAAGCAUUAUAAUAGGUAUGGGUGAGAAACAAAUCUAUAUACAAGUCCUUUUUUACUAUAAAUCUCCACUUUCACAUUCUGAAAGUGAUGGUGAAAGUGGAGAUUUAUAGUAAAAAAACUAUUUAAAUAUUGAUCUGUUUUCCACCCCUAGUGAUUGCAUUGCUUCAUAAGAUGUACAGUAUAUUUAAUUUAUUUCUUUUUUAUUUUCUCACCAAUAUGGAAUUCCCAAUGCUCUCUAAGUCCUCAUGGUGGCGUAGUGACUCGCCUCAAUCCGGGUGGCGGAGGACUAAUGUCAGUUGCCUCCACGACUGAGACCGUCAAUCCAUGCAUUUUAUCACGUGGCUUGUUGAGCUUGUUACUGUGGAGACAUGGCGCAUGUGGAGGCUUCACGCUGUUCUCCGCGGCAUCCACACACAACUCACUACAUGUCCCACCGAGAGCGAGAACCACAUUAUAGCAACCACGAGGAGGUUACCCCAUGUGACUCUACCCUCCCCAAAAGCAGGCCAAUUUGGAAACAAUGGAGUUGUAUGGAUUACUAGAAAAUACAAAGUCUUUGUUACUGUUGAUUGGUUUAUAUGCACAUCUUACAUGGCAUGUUCUCUUCUAUUGACUUUUUGAAAUAGCACCAAUAUUAUCUUAUUUUUAACAUAGUGGAUGCUUUUUUAAUAUUACAGAACAAUAUUAAACUUGUGUCCCACCCAAAGGAAUAAUGGUGAGAGACAGGGCAAGAUCUCAGGAACUCUGUAAUUCAUUAUUUCCCUAGAUGAAAUUCAAAACCGCAUCAUCCAGCAGCUUUGAGCCUUAAACAUUAUUCUACUACUAGGGUAUUUUAUUUCUCAAAAUCUGAACUUAAGCUUUGCUUUUGACUUCCAGCAUGAUCCUUUACGCUAUAAUAACACAACUAAACAUAUUAGUGAAAUAUUGAAAAAUAUCUCUUUUGAUUCUGUAUGGAUUUCCUUUGGAUGUUAUUACACUGUGACUGGUAUUGGCAGUGUUUCUUUGUGUAAACUGAAACCUGGCAGUCCUGAGAUGAAUGUAGCCAUAUGGCCGCCACACUAGUCCAGCAUGGGCAAAAUGAUACUACUAAAACUAGGGACCUUGUUUUUAUUGUCUUUUGGCCUUGCCUAAUUUUUUUAAUAUACGUAUUUAAAAUAAGUACAUUUUUUGCUGUUCGAGCAAAAUAAUCUAUAUUGCAUACAACUUCAAAAGGAGUUUUUAUGUCUAAUGUGAUCUGUCGAUGGUCUGAGAUCACUAAUGAGCA